CUUCACUAAUUAUCAAGUUUGUGUUGACCCCCACGCAGGGAUUCGUGCUGCCCACUAAGCCGCAUGUCAACAAGACACGUCUGUACUGCACACCAACGAUGGGCAUACACCACGCGUCUACCCCGCCCACCGCACACCAACGACGGGCAUACACCACGCGUCUACCCCGCCCACCGCACACCAACGACGGGCAUACACCACGCGUCUACCCCACCCACCCAUCCCACGCAUCUGUACGGCACAUCCAUACCUGUCUGUAUCUUGUGUCUACACCACAUGUCUGCAGCAUGUGUCUAGACCGCCCAUCUACAACAUGUGUCUACACAGCCUGCUGGGUCAGCAGGCUCUGCAGGACAUGCAGAGGAGGCCAUCAGCAGCAGCCAAGGGGCUCCAGGAGGGCGUGAGCCCAGAAGGCAUCCUCUGGGAGAACACUGGGGGACCGAGCUGGGCUUGGGGGUGACUGUGGACGCAACAGGAGAGGGCAAAUGAACCUCAUGUUCUCUAAGGCCACCUCUGCCCGCCUCAGGACGUGAAGCUGGCUCCCAAGUUUGAGCCCCUCCCACUUUCUCCCCAAGCUGAAGACCAAGCAGGGGUCUGAGUGCCAGGUGGGCACUGCUGUGGGUCCUCUGAGAGUCCAGAACUGGCGCCCUUGGCCUGGCCCGGCACCGCAUUCCUGGUCAUGCUCAGGCCUUGAGCCUUCGCAGCCGGCCAUCUCUGAGCAUUGCUCUUGGGCGUGGCCUGACUGCGGCAGCCCCUAGGCACAUAGAGAUGUCACAGGCUGCAGUCCCAGCUGCCCAAGUGAAACCAGAGGCCACAUCUUCAGGGCUGCUGGGGUUCCCAACUCUGUGGGCCACUGGACUUCGCUCUGUGCUGGCACUUCGGAGUCUGCAGAGAGGAAUGAGGGGCCCGGUGUAUUCGUAGACAAAGGGCCAGCAGCCCAGAGGGCUUUGAAUAGGGCCCACCUAGUGGGACAGAGACCUGGGGCUAACGCGAGGGAAGGAGGAGAAAUCCCUGAGAGCUUCCUGGAGGAGUCACCAUUCAGAAGCCCAUUCUGAGUGCCUGUUGGGACAGAACUGCUUUCAGCACCCCUCCUGGUGCUUGGUUCCUCUCCUUAGCAAAGGGAAGUGCUGUCAACCCAGAGGCAGCAGCUCUGGGGCCAGAGAUGCUGGUUUUCUGGGUGCACCCAGGCUGGGCUGCUUCUCCACUCUAAGGCUCAGCCUCUGCCUCAGCUCACAGGCUUAUCAGCACUGCCCUGGGAUGCACUGGCCUCCUGCUCUUGAGUGCCUCACCCUGCAGGGGAUGGGGGCUCAGCCCCACCCCCGCCCAGGGCCCCUGAGGCUCAGGACAAUUGUUGCCGGGGCUGGAUUGUUACCUCGGAGACUCCGCCCUGGAAGCGGCCUCAGCAGGCCCGACCUGCGGCUGAGGGCGCGGUGCCAGCCCUGCCUGCCAGCCGCCCCGAGAGCCGAGGAUCUCCGACCAGCGGCGCUGGAGGGCGGGUCUGGAUUUGGAUGAGGCUGAGAAGGGAACGCGGCCGGCAUGUCGAACCCACACGCGUUAGACUCGCCCGCCGUGAUUUUUGACAAUGGCUCGGGGCUCUGCAAAGCGGGCCUGUCUGGGGAGUUUGGGCCCCGGCACGUGGUCAGCUCCAUGGUGGGGCACCCCAAAUUCCAGACGCCCUCGGCGGGAGCCCACCAGAAAAAAUACUUUGUGGGGGAGGAGGCCCUGUACAAGCAGGAGGUGCUGCAGCUGCACGCCCCCAUCGAGCGUGGCCUGAUCACGGGGUGGGACGACACGGAGAGGCUCUGGAAGCAUCUCUUCGAGUGGGAGCUGGGCGUGAAGCCCAGCGACCAGCCCCUGCUCACCACGGAGCCCUCCCUGAACCCCAGGGAGAACCGCGAGAAGAUGGCGGAAGUCAUGUUUGAGAAGUUCAGCGUCCCCGCCUUCUACCUGUCGGACCAGGCAGUGCUGGCGCUCUACGCCUCGGCCUGUGUCACGGGCCUGGUGGUGGACAGCGGGGAUGGGGUCACCUGCACCGUCCCCAUCUUCGAGGGCUACUCCCUGCCCCACGCGGUCACCAAGCUCCACGUGGCGGGCAGGGACAUCACGGAGCUCCUCACGCGGCUGCUUCUGGCCAGUGGCCACACCUUCCCCUGCGUGCUGGACAGGGGCCUCGUGGACGACAUCAAAAAGAAGCUGUGCUACGUGGCCUUGGAGCCCGAGAAGGAGCUUUCCCGGAGGCCGGAAGAGGGCCUGAGGGAGUACAAGCUGCCUGACGGGCACAUCGUCAGCCUCGGGGACCCGCUGUACCAGGCGCCCGAGGCCCUGUUUGCACCAGAGCAGCUGGGCGGCCAGAGCCCCGGGCUCCCGAGGAUGGUGUCCUCCAGCAUCACUAAGUGUGAUGCCGACAUCCAGAAGAUCCUCUUCGGGGAGAUCGUGCUGUCGGGCGGCACCACCCUGCUCCACGGGCUGGACGACCGGCUUCUCAAGGAGCUGGAGCAGCUGGCCUCCAAGGGGACCCCCAUCAAGAUCACGGCUCCCCCCGACCGGUGGUUCUCCACCUGGAUUGGAGCCUCCAUCGUCACCUCUCUGAGCAGCUUCAAGCAGAUGUGGGUCACCGACGCAGAAUUCAGGGAGUUUGGGCCCUCUGUGGUGCAGAGAAGAUGCUUCUGAGGGGCGCUGCUCUCGGGGCCCGGUGGGGAGAGAACCCGAGGCCUGGCUUUGGGAAACGUUCAAUAAAGGACAGAC